AUCCGGAUCACGGCGGACGAGGCUCCGCUGCAGUUGGCCGCCGUGCAGUUGAGUCACUGCGUGUGGGGCCUGCACGAGUGGGGCCCACGUGGCAGUGACCCAACUACAGGGGAGGUAACUGCAGCGGAUCCGGUUCGGAUCACGGCGCCAUCCGGUGGCCCACCAACCACCAUACGUCCACCUCCCACGCCCGCACGCAGAUACGCCGCCGUGGUCGCCUCGCAUGUGUGCCCGGCCCCGCUGGCGCCCAUUAUUUAUUUAUUGGGCGCGCAAAGAAGCUGCCCGCGACUGCCCGCGGCACCCCUGGCGGUUAAUGAUGGGGCCAUGAGUUUUAAGAUCUACAGUACUACUAGUAGGGCGGAAUGGGUUAGCAAUAGCAGCAGGCAGGCAGGCAGGCAUCCAAUCGCUUUUUGCCUCCAUCCCCAAGUCCAUCGUACAAGGACAACACGUCAUCGGGUUAGAUUGCUUUUUCACGCUGCUCUUUCUUCCCUUUGCUGCAUCAAAGCACCGAGUCUUUUACUUAUUUUGAUUUGAUUACAAUACAAGAAAAGGCAAAGCAGCAGCUGGUCAUCAGCGUUAGCGUCACAUUACGAGCUGAGCUGCCAAAUCUUGCUCCUCUCGCCAAGCCAAGGUAAAAUACCAUUCCCACCUCGCGGCCAUGCUUUCUACCGCUGUGACACAACUGUUCAGCAAUUGCCUGCCUCACCAAGCAGGAACAGUGAUGCUACGGCCGGUAACAUGCAGUAGCAUCUUUUUUUAGUUCCCAAUCGCCUUGUCCCUGGUGCCCUUCUCAACCACGCCUGAUUAUGAUUAAUAAACAAACAAACAAACCCAAACGUGAUUUGUGACGACAAGACCCCUCGCCUCGAGCUAGCAGCCCGUAAAUCAAAUCCCCGUGCCGUCUCGGCACGGGCACCCUCGCCUCCGAAUUGACACUUCACCAGACUAUAAAAAUCUCUUCUCUACGAGUAGCGGUAGGAUCAUCACGGUGGAAAAGAAAUUUAUAUUCAGAUCGCUCGGCUUGGUGUGGCGCUCAUGGUUGCCGGUAUCUUUCCACGCUGCAAAUGGCGGAAUGCCUACUACUGUAGAGAAAUAAUAAAACAGCAGAGGAUUCCUCCUCCCCCUGCGCUGCGCUGCGCCUGCUCGUUUCUUCUCUAGCGUUUGUUCCCUUCUCUCCUGCUCCGUUUGUUCCCUUCCUCCUCCUCCUCCUCCUCAGUUCCAGCAAUCCCCUUCAGAUUUAUUAGCUACCAGUGUCCCCAGUCGCUCGCGCCACUGAGCUUUCCGCGCUCUCAACCACUCCAGAUCACGGCCGCUGGUGCUGCAUAGGCGCCGGUGUCAAAGAAAUGAGCUUGCGGGGCGACCCGGCGGCGGCCGGGGACGAGACGGCGGAGGAGCUGCUGGAGCGUGUCCGGGGGAUGGUGCCACCGGCGCUGGCGGCGGCGGGGGCGGCGGCCGGGUUCCCGGGCCGGUGGAAGGCGAUCGCCGCCAAGCUGGAGGCGCUCCCGGCGUGCCUGUCCGACCUGUCCAGCCACCCUUGCUUCGCCAAGAACGCGCUGUGCCGCGAGCUGCUGCAGUCGGUCGCCGCCACGCUCGCCGAGGCGGCCGACCUCGCGGGGCGGUGCCGGGGCCCGCCGCCGGACGGGAAGCUGCGGACGCAGAGCGCCAUCGACGCGCUCUCCGGGAAGCUGGACCUCAACAUCCGGGACUGCGCGCUGCUCGUCAGGACCGGCGUGCUGUCCGACGCCUCCGGCCCGUCGCCGCCGGCGCACGCGGACGUCCGGGAGCUGCUCGCGAGGCUGCAGAUCGGGCACACCGAGGCCAAGAACCGGGCCGUGGACGGGCUCCUCGAGGCGCUGCGCAGCGACGAGAAGAGCGUGCUCUCCGUGCUCGGCCGCGCCAACGUCGCCGCGAUGGUGCAGCUGCUCACGGCGCCGGCUCCCGUGGUCCGGGAGAAGGCCGCCACGGUGAUAUGCCAGGUCGCGGAGUCGGGCGCCUGCGACGGGCUGCUCGUGUCGGAGGGCGUCCUGCCGCCGCUCAUCAGGCUGGCCGAGUCCGGCAGCCUCGUCGGCCGCGAGAAGGCCGCGAUCACGCUGCAGCGCCUGUCCGCCGUGUCCCCUGACGCUGCGCGCGCGAUCGUCGGCCACGGCGGCGCCGGCCCGCUCAUCGAGAUCUGCCAGACGGGGGACUCCAUCUCGCAGCCCGCCGCGGCCGGCGCGCUCAGGAACCUCUCGGCGGUGGCGGAGGUGCGGGAGGCCUUGGCUGACCAGGGAAUCGUCCGCAUCAUGGUGAACCUGCUGGACUGCGGCACCGUGGCCGGCUCCAAGGAGCACGCCGCCGAGUGCCUGCAGAACCUGACGUCGGGCGGCGACAGCUUGCGGCGCGCCGUGGUGUCCGAGGGCGGGCUGCGCAGCCUGCUGCUCUACCUGGAUGGCCCGCUGCCGCCGGAGCCCGCGGCGGGCGCGCUCCGGAACCUCGUGGGCGCCGUGUCGCCCGACAGCCUGGUGUCGCUGGGCGUGCUGCCCCGGCUGGCCCACGUGCUGAGGGUCGGGUCGAUCGGCGCGCAGCAGGCGGCGGCGGCGGCGAUCUGCCGGAUGUCGAGCUCCGCGGAGAUGAAGCGCGCGGUCGGCGAGCACGGGUGCGUGCCGCUGCUGGUGCGGCUGCUGGAGGCCAAGUCGAAGGCGGCGCGGGAGGUGGCGGCGCAGGCGCUGGCGAGCCUGGUGAGCUGGCCACCCAACGCCCGGGAGGUGAGGAGGGACGACAAGGGCGUGCCGAGCCUGGUGCAGCUGCUGGACCCGAGCCCGGCGAACACGGCCAACAAGUACGCCAUCGCGUGCCUGCUGACGCUGGCGGCGGCCAAGCGGUGCAGGAAGCUGAUGAUCUCACACGGCGCCAUCGGGUACCUCAAGAAGCUCUCCGACAUGGACGUCGCCGGCGCCAGGAAGCUGCUCGAGAGGCUGGAGCGCGGCAGCCUGCGCAGCCUCUUCAGUAGGAACUAGCGUAUAGCGGCUGUAAAAACUAACAAAGCUGCCUUCACUCGCUGCUUAUACAUUGGCAUUUUUUUUUCUUUUUUGCUGUAUAACAUGUAUAAAAAUCAAGUCCAGUUUGACACACACACACUCUGUUAACUGUCGAUGAAAUGGUGAUGUGCAGGUGUUCGUGUUAACCGAAUAUAUAUGGAGCUGUAAAAUAGCAGGGUGAUGGCUCGAGUCUGCACCUUCACGCUCUGAAUAA